GGGUCACAAUCAGCUACGGCAAGGACCUUAGAGUUGUGCGAGGGGACAGAAGUCCCGGCAGUCACACUCACACUCUGUUUUCUGGCCUCUUCUCGGGGAACACCCGGUUUGUAGAUCCCACCGUGGAGGUGCUGCAGGACAACCCCUGUCUGACAGAGUUCAUCACCACGGUGCUGGCCCUGCCAGAGCCCAGUCUGAGCAUCCUCUCCUUUACUCUGCGGUUAGUUGGGAUACUUGCUGCUUCUGAAGUCCGCUUCCAACGCUUGCAGCAGGAGCAGCUGUUGGUCAGGCUCUUUGGCAGGGACGGGCCUCUGAACAGCGCAGCGUGGGAAGACGCAUCUGUGCGAAGUGGCUGGGUGGAGGGUGUGCACAGCAUGAUGCAUCACCAGCCUGCCCUCCAGUUCCUCUGCAAUGGUGGAGGCAUAGAUGUGAUCUUCACUCUGCAAGGAGAUUCCAGCCUGUUUGUGGCUUCUGCUGCCACUCAGCUUCUGGUGCAGAUGCUCACCCUCUCCGUAGAGUCUGAAACGACUAAACCUCCGGCUACAAAGGACUGUGACUGGCCAGCGUGUGCCCAAAUGAUUAUAAAGCAUAUAGAAGAUUCCUUGCAAUCCAGCUCUGUCUGUCAGAUCAAGCAGUCGUUAAAACUGUUAACUAGUGUGUUUGGCAGUUGUCGCGCUGCGUGGACUGAAGUCCUUUGGUUAGGCAUAGCAAAGCAAGUGGAAUCCCUUUUGACGGAAGAGACUGUUCAAGUGAAGCACAUGCUCGCGAAUCUUUUGCUUAACAUGGCAUGGUCUCCUGUGUUUUCUGACCCUGAAGGCAGUUUUUGGGCUUUAGUGACUUCUGCUCUUGAGCACUUAACCCCAGUACAAGUGGGUCCUUUGGCAGAGGGAGUUCUGAGGCUCUACAGAUGCCCACAAGAUGUGAGGAUUCAGGCACUGACUGUUCUACUUCAGCCAAUGGACUGUAUUUUGAGAGCAGCCUCCCAGCCUCUGGAAUAUGCAGGUUUGCUGGAUGAGUCUGUUAGUGAUCCCGUCACUGUUGAAAAUCUUCUGUCCUCUAAGUCAUCUUGUGCUAGUCUUCUGUGUCAGACCCUCGCUCAUCUGGAGAAGCUGCUGUCUAUGACUCGUUUCCAAGUGGAUUUACCCGCUACGUCUUUGCUGCGCUCUCUGAUGACAAUAUUACAAUUCUGCAAUGGCUUCCUGAGUCCCGUUUCUCCUCUGGGAAGCACAAUAAGCCGAAUCUUGAUCAAUUGCUCCCGAGUACAGAGGUCAGCUCUUGAUGUCCUAGCAGCACUCUCGGAGCGAAAAGGCUGUGACACACUCAUAGGAAAUCUAUUUGAUAUCCUUCUGGCAUACCUGGAGAGUCCGAACACCAGCCCUACUGUUCUAAAGAAGACAUUUAAUGCUACAUCCAAGUGGCUGGUGCACUUGCAGGAACUGUCCUGCUCCAACAGUCAGCGGCAACAAACCAAGAAGAUUUUGCAAGAUGUGUUUCUGGUGCUGCAGAAGCAUUUGUGCAGUCCUUGCUGGGAAGUAAGAGAUUCUUCUCUGGAAUUCCUCACUGUCCUGAUUGAAGGCUUGAGAGACCAGGAUGAGUUCAGGCAGUCUCUCCUGUCUUCAGAAGUGCCAAAGCUUACAGAAAAUCUUCUUGAGGAUCCAGAAAGCUACGUGCGAGCGAGUGCUGUGACUGCUGUGGGACACUUGGCCUUCAUUACUUACUUUGCUGCAGGGUCACCUGUUACAGGGAAUCAGUAUAAUAAAGAGAACACCAUAGCGAAACUUCAAGAAAUCUUGUCAACAGACUCGGAGGGCUUUCCCAGGAGGGCAGUGAUCAGCAUCUUCACCAAGUGGGUGAGAGAAGGCUGCACAUUUCAGCUGGAAGAUACAGAGCAGUUUGUCUCUAGAGUGAUCCGAAUUGUGGAGCAUGACUUAGACUGGGAAGUCAGACUUGGUGGUUUGGACCUUGUUCAAGCUUUCUGUAAUCAAACAAUUUGCCUGUUUGGCCUUCCUAAAUGCCUGUAUGCUUCUGUCACACCUGCAGUCACUAGAUCCGUUCGUCGGAAUAAGCCGCUGCAGAUAUUUUGCCGGGCAAAACUUUUCAGCUUUUUGUUUUGGUCUUUGUGUGACUAUGACAAACCAGUAGGUCAGAGAGCCUGUGAUAUACUGCUUGACUUAAGCAGUAGUUUCUAUCCAAUUAGGUCCCUGAAGGAUUCACAAGAGACUGGAGAUUUACCUGCAGGAUAUGGCAUUGACUGGUUACAAAACACACUAAGGCAAGGUUCUUUAGCCCAGAACUUCCCCACAGAUGGUAGUAAUGGGGUGAAUUUUGAAGAUCCAGAGAGCAUGAUGGUAGCUUUGGGUACAAUAGACUUAAUCGAACUACAUGAUGAGCUAAAUAAAAGUAGUUACCAUGUAGAGGAAAGCCCUCAGUCCCUCUUAGAGGACAUCCUUGCUACUGUGGGGACCAUAGAAGAGAAUGAAGCUGACUGUUACUGA